GAAAGGACAGGGUUCAGAUUUAUUCUGAUUGACCUUGGUGCGCAAGACCCAAACAUAACACCGACCAACCGACAGGCUGGCAACCCAAGGUUUACCGUUACCUCCAAUUCCAUCGUUGCCAAUGUCAACCCCAGUAGUAAUCGAGAGUCAUGGAUUCCAGAUGUCGAAAGACCAGCUGACUGUCCUAGUGCCAGUGGCUGUGGCGGCUGCUCUAGGUGGCUUCCUGGUGAGCCGGUACUUCACUGGGCGUAAGAAAAGCCAGGUCAACACCUGUGUGUGUAAGGACAGUGCCAAGGUGGUGCACAGCUUCGACAUAGAAGACAUUGGCAGCAAGGCCGUCUACUGCCGCUGCUGGAGGUCCAAGAAGUUCCCCUACUGUGACGGUUCCCAUACCAAGCACAACGAGAUCACUGGGGACAACGUGGGUCCCCUCAUCAUCAAGAAGAAGGAUGCUUAACCAACCUUCCUUUCCCCUCCUCGCCCCUCCUAUCAAAUCAUCAUUCAACACCAGUCAGUCACAUGCCACAUACACCAGAGUCAAACGAUCACUUGCCAUGUCCAUCCAGAGGUCGUACAACCACGCAGAGCAGCACUCCUACUCAAACCGCCUUCAUACAACCCACAGUCAAAACCCCAAAGGAAUGUUACAUGAUAUGAUUUGUGUCUUAGAAGCUCAUGUAAUUAAUGUUAUUGAGCCAUUGGUCUUAAUGGUCUUAACUACGAGAUGAAUAAUACAUGACUGAGAGUGGGGAAGGUGCUACCCUUUAUUUCUACAUCCUUUGACACAAGAGGGCACUUUCAUUUCCCCUCUAAGACUAUUGUCUAUUCCAGUGUUCAAAGUACAACCUUUAGGAAUAUAUAUUGUUAAUGUCCAAAGAGAUACAUGUUCUAGUGAAUAUGACUGACUUGAUGGUGAUGUAUUUUGGCCCGUAUAUUGUGAAUAAAAGUUUUCUUAAAGUGGUCA